AUGGUUGAAAUUGCCGAGUGGCAUGUGAGUCCUUCAUGCCAUCUUGCUAGGUUGCUGCGGGAGUUGUCCGCUGCAAAUGCGCUCAAGCCUGGGGCUGCUUUGGACUCGGCAUCGGUUGCCCCGGACUGUCUUGAUGGUCAGGUGCCGAUGCCAUCGCUGCUGCGCCGCUUGGACAUUCAGGCUCUGCCAGAGGCCUCUACUCCACCACUCCCGUUGAACAGCCAAUCCGCAAUCACGAGUGACAGUCACCUGAAAGAUUCGUAUCGCAGUGGGGGACAGGUCCUUGCAGUCUUGGAGCACGCCAACCUGUUCGAGGCAACCGCAAGCCUUCUGCAGGUUGAGGAGGUCCGCAGUGGGGCUUUUGGCUUUGUGAUGUCACAAGUUUCUGUGAUCUUGAAGUUGUUGCAGGUAGUAACUACGGCAUACAAGUGGCUGCGGGCUGUGCCGCCUACGACCUACACGGGUCCGCACAUGGAUCGCGCUUAUGUGGGCGAGGGCCGACGGCUGACGGCCUGGAUCCCGUUCGGACCGGUGAGGUGCGGGCAGGAGGAGCUCGGAUCCCUUUGCUGGAUUCCACGCUCGCACACGAACCCUGCGGUGGUUGAGCAGUGCAAAUCUCAGUAG